AUAUUUUGUAACAGAAACUAAAAUACAAUUAUAUUAAAUACUAACUUCAAUUUACUUUUAUUUGCCAUUUUGUUUGUUUGAUAUAAUUAACAUUAAUUGAUUAAAGUUAUGUUUGCAGGACUUGGGGCAUAUGCACCACCACAACCCCAUGCCACCAAACCCGACCACAAAACCCCCGGUCAUCAGAAUACCACACCUUUAAAUGUCGUCGUAACAACAAAAACAACGCCAGUCGCGAAAACAACCACAAGCAAGGCAACCGUUACGGUUACCACUGCAUCACCAACAACUUUCAAACCGACUCCAAACCCUCGAGUAAAUAAAACUGUAUGCUAUGAUUACAUUGGAUGCUUUGACAACUUCCCACCGUUUGACAAUGCCAAUCUUGAUCUUCCGAAAUCACCCGAGUACAUCGGGACGCGCUUUUUGCUGUUCACCCGACUGAACAGGAACAAUAGCGACUUCCAGCUACUCAACUACACCAUCGAAGACAGCGUAUCGUCCUCCCACUUCAACCCCAAGGUGCCAACCAAGUUCAUCCUACAUGGCUUCAGUCAAAACGGUACAACUAGCUGGGUCCUUGGCAUAAAAGACGAAUUCUUAAAAAGUUGGGAUAUGAAUAUCGUCGUGGUUGACUGGGGGAAUGGAGCCAAGUUCCCCGACUACCCCCAGGCAGUGGCCAACACCCGCGUGGUAGCCACUGAGAUGAGACUCAUUGUGGAGAUGAUGCUCAAAGAUGGCGCCAAGCUUAGCGACGUCCAUUUCCUGGGUCACAGUCUGGGUGCGCAUACUUCGGGAUACACCGGCUUCCUACUGAGUGGUCAAGUCGGCAGAAUCAGCGGCAUGGACCCAGCAGAGCCCAACUACGGACAUCUAGCAGAGGUGGUCCGUCUUGACAAGUCUGACGCUAAGUUUAUUGACAUUACUCAUACAAACGGCGCACCCAUUUUUAGUGGAGGGGCAGGCUCAAAACAACAAAUGGGACACGUUGAUUUCUACGUCAAUGGAGGGGAAAAACAGCCUGGUUGUCAUAAUGGAAUCGGUGGCGCACUUACCAGUCUUCUUUCAGGCGGCAAUUUGAUCAAGGCUGUUGCUUGUAGUCAUUCUCGGUCCCACAACAUCUACUGGGAAUCCAUCAAUACGCCGUGUCCAUUUACAUCAUAUCCGUGCAGGUCAUAUGAUGAGUUCGAGAAAGGAAACUGUCUAACUUGUGGAAAACAAGGAUGCAGUCAAAUGGGAUACUACUCAGACCAGUAUCAAGCCAGGGGCAAAUUGUAUCUAAACACCAGAGCACAAUCUAAGUACUGCGGAUACAACUACAACGUGAAGCUCACCAUGGGCAGCAGUCUGAAGGACACGUCGGGAAAGGUGCAAAUCGAGCUGAUAGGAACAUUCGGGUCCAGCGGCAAAAUAGAUGCAACAGGAUCAGGAAACACAGACUUAAAGAAGAGUAUGACGUACUCGCACGUGGUUGUGUCGCCAGUAGAAGUUGGCGACAUUCGCGCCAUUAUUAUCAAGUACAUUAAGAAAACGGGAUUCUGGUUUGGAAGUGGCGAGGACCAGGCUGUGUUUGACAAGGUGUUCGUGAAGUCUGGAGAAUCAGGAGACAAUUUCGUGUUUUGCCUGAACGGAAAGACAUUGACUCAUAAUAAAGCAGUUCGGGUGGCCCAUACACAAAGAAGUACUUGUACCUAGUAUCAACGUUGGGUUUUUUCAAUAAAGCAAUCCAUAUUGCAAUAGGUGUAAUUACUUAGUGUAAUAAAAUAUCUCAAAA